UUGAGGCGGGAGGCUGGAGGAUAAAAAGCCCCCAGGGCGUCCCGAGAGGCCCGUUAGUGCUGCUCAGCCGCGGCGCCCGGCCCAGCCCCGAUCUCCGGAUCCAGCCGGUGCCCUGAAGUCACCAUGAUGUGGCCCUCACCACCCACCUUCUCUCUGUUCCUGCUACUGCUGCUAAGCCAAGUCCCUUCCAACAGCCCACAGCCAUCAGGCCCCAAGAAGCUCAGGCUUGUGGGUCCAGUGGACAGGCCAGAGGAAGGCCGCUUGGAGGUGCUCUACCAGGGCCAGUGGGGCACGGUGUGUGAUGAUGACUUUGCUCUCCAGGAGGCUACAGUGGCCUGCCGACAGCUGGGCUUUGAGUCAGCCUUGACCUGGGCACACAGUGCCAAGUAUGGUCAAGGAGAGGGCCCCAUCUGGCUGGACAAUGUUCGUUGUUUGGGUACCGAGAAGACUCUAGAUCAGUGUGGCUCUAAUGGCUGGGGUGUCAGUGACUGCAGACACUCAGAGGAUGUUGGGGUGGUGUGCCAUCCACAGCGCCAGCACGGAUAUCACUCUGAGAAGGUCUCCAAUGCCCUUGGGCCCCAGGGCCGGCGGCUCGAAGAGGUGCGGCUCAAACCCAUCCUUGCCAGUGCCAAAAGGCACAGCCCAGUGACUGAGGGGGCUGUGGAGGUACGGUACGAGGGCCACUGGAGGCAGGUGUGUGACCAGGGCUGGACCAUGAACAACAGCAGGGUUGUGUGCGGGAUGCUGGGCUUUCCCAGCCAGGCACCGGUCAACAGCCACUACUACAGAAAAGUCUGGAAUCUGAAGAUGAAGGAUCCCAAGUCUAGGCUCAACAGUCUGACAAAAAAGAAUUCCUUCUGGAUUCACCGGGUUGACUGUUUGGGGACAGAGCCUCACUUGGCCAAGUGCCAGGUACAGGUGGCUCCAGGAAGGGGCAAGCUUCGGCCAGCCUGUCCAGGCGGCAUGCACGCUGUGGUCAGCUGUGUGGCAGGGCCCCACUUUCACCGACAGAAGCCAAAGCCGAAGCGCAAGGAGUCCCGUGCAGAGCAGGAGCUGAAAGUGCGCCUGCGCUCUGGGGCUCAGUUGGGUGAGGGCCGUGUGGAAGUGCUCAUGAACCGCCAGUGGGGCACAGUCUGUGACCACAGAUGGAACCUCAUCUCAGCCAGCGUUGUGUGUCGCCAGCUUGGCUUUGGCUCUGCCCGGGAAGCCCUUUUUGGGGCCCAAUUGGGUCAAGGGCUAGGGCCCAUCCACCUGAGUGAGGUGCGCUGCAGGGGGUAUGAGCAGACCCUUGGUGACUGCCUUGCCCUGGAAGGGUCCCAGAAUGGUUGUCAACAUGCAAAUGACGCUGCUGUCAGGUGCAAUAUCCCAGACAUGGGCUUCCAGAACAAGGUGCGCUUGGCUGGUGGGCGCAACCCCGAAGAGGGAGUGGUGGAGGUGCAGGUGGAGGUGAAUGGGGUCCCACGCUGGGGGACUGUAUGCAGUGACCACUGGGGGCUCACUGAAGCCAUGGUGACCUGUCGGCAACUUGGUCUGGGAUUUGCCAACUUUGCUAUCAAGGACACCUGGUACUGGCAGGGGACACCAGAGGCCAAAGAAGUGGUGAUGAGUGGGGUUCGCUGCUCAGGCACAGAAAUGGCCCUUCAGCAGUGUCAGAGGCACGGGCCUGUGCACUGCUCCCACGGCUCUGGGCGCUUCUCAGCCGGCGUUGCCUGCAUGAACAGUGCUCCAGACCUUGUGAUGAACGCCCAGCUGGUACAAGAGACGGCCUACUUGGAGGACCGUCCACUCAGCAUGCUGUACUGUGCUCAUGAGGAAAACUGCCUCUCGAAGUCCGCUGACCACAUGGACUGGCCCUACGGACACCGGCGCUUGCUGCGCUUCUCCUCACAGAUCUACAACCUUGGCCGGGCCGACUUCCGUCCCAAGGCUGGACGUCACAGCUGGAUUUGGCACCAGUGCCACAGGCACUACCACAGCAUCGAGGUCUUCACCCAUUAUGAUCUGCUCACACUCAAUGGCUCCAAAGUGGCUGAGGGGCACAAGGCCAGCUUCUGUCUAGAAGAUACAAACUGCCCCUCAGGAGUGCAGCGGCGCUAUGCAUGUGCCAACUUUGGGGAACAGGGAGUAUCUGUAGGCUGCUGGGACACCUACCGGCAUGACAUCGAUUGCCAGUGGGUGGAUAUCACAGAUGUGGGCCCAGGGGACUAUAUCUUCCAGGUGGUUGUGAACCCCACAAACGAUGUGGCAGAGUCAGAUUUCUCCAACAACAUGAUAAGAUGCCGCUGCAAGUAUGAUGGACAGCGAGUCUGGCUACACAACUGCCACACAGGAGAUUCCUACCGACCCAAUGCAGAGCUCUCCCUGGAGCAGGAGCAGCGACUCAGGAACAACUUGAUCUGAAGCCACUGUUGCAUUCCCAGCUCUGCUCACACACCAGAUACCUCAGCUUACUGGAGCCAUGCCCUUCACAAAGCCCUGACUCACAGGACAAGGGGCUAGUGACAGGAGCACCUAGAAGCUGCUCAGGAAGCCUUUCACUGGCCAGAUCAUCCCCAGGAUAGCAGUGCUCUCAGGAUGGCUCUGGGCCCCUCCAGGGCACCUAUGGCCUAUAGCAGGGUCUUGAGGCUCUGGCCAGCUAAAUCUUCUCUUCCUUUAGGAGAUUAGAUCUUCUUUACAACUUGAUGCACAGUUCCCAGUUUCAGGAGCUCUAAGUUCCUCAGGGAUGAACUGUGACCAAGGCCCCCAAUCUAAGUGGUGCUUUGCAAAUAUCUUGGAGGACAGGACCAGAGAACACAAGAAGUGGAUGGAGCCAGUUCUCUCUGCUAUAUGCUCCAUGCAAAAUAACGUGUCAGAGUCACACCUGGCAGAGAAGCUGGUGAACGGGCCUCAGCUUAUCCUUAGAACUCGCACCUCAGUCUCUGAAGCCUCUCCUUGGCAUCUUUACCUUUAUUCUGUCACACACGGAUGUUUCUAAUACCCCUGAACCCUCAGGCCUCCUCCAUUUCCUGAUGGAUCAACACCCCAAUUACUGGGGCUGGGGGGGCAGUUUUCACAUAAUGACAAGAUAGGGCCUUUCCUGCAGAGUAGUAAGAAACCAGGAAGACAGCUGAGGUCACAUAAAUUUAGCCUCCAAGGACCUCAGCCAAUGGGGACAGCAGGAUGCCCAUAUCUGGCAGGCAGCAGUCCAGUCUCUUAAAAAUCACCCACAUUGCAGGGUUAGCCUAAAUUUCAGAUUUAACCAAGGCUACUUCACCUUAAACAAACUUGAGAAGAAAUUGGUCAGUCAAGCCCCUCUGCAGGAACAUGAACACAGGCCUGGUAGAGUCAGGAACAGAAGACUGAGUUAACAAGAAGCAAGAACAUUUAAGUUAGUCCAAGACCAAACCUGGGGAAGGCCACCAUCCACAGGUGAGGUGACUGUGCUCUGCUCUUGCUCAGGUGGUGUAAGACCUGGGGUCUUCUUGGGCGUGUCUGGACCUUUUCUCCACUGACAUACACAGAUGAUCCUUCUAGGUCUUACAGUGCCAAUAAAGGUUGCCCAUGACGGGCUGCUACGAAGACCAGACCAGCUGAGCUCCCGUAGCUUCCAGUGCACUGCACUCUGCCCUCUUCCCUCCAGAGCUGGAUGAUGCACACACAACACAUUCCUUGGGAUAGCCCACCUUGGUGCAUCUCUUGAGUCACACCUACCUACUUCGAAGUUACACUGUUCAAGGCCUCAGGUCAGGAAGGUUGAGAGGUGAAAGGGAGGAAUGAGAAGGUGCAACCCAAAGACUGUGGACUUUUAUAAUAGAGGCUAAAAGUCAACAUAAAUGGUAGCAGACAACUGAUUUACAGUAUCCUUGCACAAUACAGGAGCAACCCUGCUAGUCAAGACAUGUUUUGGGGUACCUUCUGUGAGCAAAAAGUGCCUUUUCCCAUCUCCUCCAUUCUGUCCUCUCCUUUAUCUGGCACAGGAAGCCUGUUUUGGUGUAACAGUUUAAGUAAACAAGGGAAGGACUGAUUUCCUGUUGGAUCCAGCAAACAGUGACAUUAUACUCACACAUGAAGUUAAUGGUCUGAAAAGAAUGUGCAGCCAGCUAGGGGAAGGGGUGGUGUGGUGAGUGAUGACUGGACUUAGGAAGGGAGGUUACCCUCACCUUCUUAUUGGAUCUAGUUUCCAAGAGGCCAGAAAAAGCAGGCCAGGCAGACAGCCACCAGCACUGGUCUGAGCUUUCUGGCCCACAUCACACGAUCGGUAGGUGCAGCCAGUUCUAAUUCCUAGAAAAAGCUAUACAAGGGCUGUGCUGUUAAACUUCUGAGUUGAAAGGGAAAGACACGGGCAGGUUGGUGGCUGGCAUGACUUAUAACUAGAUGAGGAAUGUUAACAAAAAUACCAACGGCCAAAUUCCAGACAGAACCAAAAACUUCAGAAGACUUUCACCUUGGCAUCCUGUGUGCCUCAGAGAAGAGCUAGGAAGCUCUCCUCAGAAGCUAAGCUAAUGCUACAAAGACUUUCACGCUAUGAAGAGAAAACUAGAAUCCACAGGGAUGGUAACUUUGUACUAGAAACUGUACACAACCCCGAGAUUUGGAUGUUUACCACAUACAAAAGAUAUACGUAGAGCAGAGCACGAGACAUCAUCCCCCAUAGCUAACACUUAUGAUGCAGCAGCCGCCCAGUUAAACACCGCUCCUUAGAGGUCCAUGCCACGGAGACAGUAGCAGCCACACGGUGUUCUCCCAUUAACUCCUCUUUUAAAAGUUCGGUUUAGAUAUAACCAAGGAUUUGAUCCUGCAUGGACAAGCUUGGGUCAUGGCUGGGACUUCUGACCAGUGAAGCAUCCCCAACUACUGGAAUAAUGUAAGCAAAAAGCACAUUUCAAUUAGAAAUAAAACAGCAAUGUCCCAUAACUUUCAAAUGUUGACUUAAAAAAAAUUGUUCUCUGAGUAAGACAGGUUGCUAGAACACUACUGUGAGAAUGAAAGAGUUGGUUUUGGAAAUUAUGAGACUUCUUUAAAAACUGGGUAAUAAACAUUAACAAUGCCUAACAAGAAGUCCUUUCAUAGACAGGUAACAAGAAUCAUAGCUCUUUUCUUUUCUUUUUCUUUCCAUUCUCAAGGUCACUCCUAACCUUCAAAACUCCAGCCUGGGAGUAUAGCUCAGACAUGAAUGUUGUCUAGCACAUGUAUGGCCAUGAUCUGGUAUCUAACUUGGGGUAGGGUGUGAAAACAUGGCAAGUGUGGGCCUUAAACGUGUCUCUCAGUACAAAAGCCAUGCUGGGGCUGGAGCAGUUAAGAGCCUGGUUCUUCCAGAGGACCCAGGGACAAUUCCCAACAUCCAUGUGGUAGCUCAUAACCAACUGUAAUCCCAGUCCCAGGAGAUCUAACACACUCUUCAGGCCUCUAGUUACCAGGAAUUCAGACAUACAUAAAAUUAAUAACAAUAAUGUAACA